AUGUGGCCAUCGAGAACAGAGCAGCGAUUUUCUCUCGAGCAUGGUUGUCAGCCUCUGCAAUCCUGGAAAGCCAAGUGGCCCCUGGGGCUCGACAUGCUCAGCAGAGCCGUCAAGCGCUCCGAAGACAUGCAGAUGUUGCGCUUCUUCGUCGAGGUAGCAGAAGAGUCAGGUUCAACAUUUGAGCAGCAUCUACUUGGUUCACGCGGCGUCAAUACCGUUGACCCAAGGAAUAUCCAGGCAAUACUCUCCACCAAGUCUGAAGAUUAUUGUCUGGGUGUCAGAAUCUUAUCGUUUACACCAUUGCUGGGUAGUGGUAUAUUCACUCAAGAUGGCACAGCCUGGAAGCACUCUCGGGAGCUGUUUGGGCCUCAGUUUGCCUACAACAAUUUGCAGAACUUCGAACAAGUCAAGGGCCAUGUCCAAGAUCUCAUAAAUUCCGUUCCGGAAGACGGCAUCGUUGACCUACAACCCCUGUGCUUCAAACUCUCCCUCGACAACACCAUGUCCCUGAUCUUUGGCGACUCCGUAUCGGCCAUGGAUUGGGGGCAGGAAUCAGAGUUUGAAAAGGCAUUCGACAUCGCGCAGGACUACAUCACCCGCCGAGAUCGUUUGGGACCCUAUUACUGGUUCCUCAACGGCAAGAAAUUUCGCGAUGCCUGCAAGACCUGUCACCACUUUGUGGAUAAAGCCGUCGCGAGGGCAUUAGCGACGUCGACGAGGACCAACCGCAGCACCGGCGAGGACGAAAAUAACGACGGAAAGGUUGGACAUGCACUCAUAGACUUUCUGGCUCAGCAGAUGAAGGAGCCGCAAAUAAUCAGAGACCAGUGCAUGAACCUGUUGUUGGCUGGACGCGACACUACUGGGUGUUGCCUGCAGUGGGCGUUUCGUCUCCUUGCCCGCCACCAGCAUGUUCUUGGUCGUCUGCGCACCGAGAUCGAACAAACAUUGGGGUUGGGGGCUGACGCUCAUCCCCCGACGAGAGACGACUUGAAGAAGAUGACAUACCUCAACCUGGUUACUAAAGAAGUCCUUCGUCUCUACCCCUCUGUGCCCGCCAACUCUCGCCAAGCGACAAGGCUUACAACACUCCCCGUCGGGGGCGGGCCCGAUGGCAUGUCUCCGGUGCUUGUAAGACCUGGCGAGACUGUGGCGUAUUGCGUGUACGCCAUGCAUCGUCGCAAGGAUAUUUACGGUGAAGACGCUGACCAGUUUCGCCCGGAGCGGUGGGAGGGCGAUGGGUUGAAAGACGUUGGCUUUGCGUAUUUGCCGUUCAAUGGCGGACCACGACAGUGUCUGGGCCAGGACUUGGCUUUGAUGCAGGUCUCGUACACUGUAGCGCGGAUGGUGCAAGUGUUCCCGAAAAUGGAGGUGCCAAGGACGGAACCGAAGGUAGAAGUCGGGAUGGAGAAACAAAAUCUUACACUGGUUGUCUCCAGUGCCGAUGGAUGCGUUGUGUCUUUGAGGUCCUAG